AUGUCGUUCAGAAAGAGAAGCGAAGUGAUAAACGGGACCCCGCGAACACCCGCGGUCCCCGGACGAGCAGGCGGCCCUCUGCCCAUCCCCGGCCGUACACCAACCCCAGGCGUCCCCGGCAGAAUCCCCUCUACUGUUCCUGGCAGAGGUCCUUUACCAGGUAGAAGCCAAAAGGCAAAACCUCCAGGACCACAAAAGUCCGAUGAAACCGUAUCUCCAGAGCCAGAGCUUUCAAAUAUCGGCAUCAGGCCCUCGGUAAUCACGUCCCAGCCAACUAUAUCGACAGGAACAGCGGAUCUAGACAAGAUCUUGGCUCAUCAGGGUCUUCCACUCGGUGCCUCAUUGUUGAUUGAAGAGUCUGGUACCACUGAUUUCGGGUCUAUUUUGCUCCGAUGCUUUGCUGCUCAAGGGAUACUUCACAACCGAGUAGAUGAGGCCAAAAAGUCCAACGCCCAUGUGAUUGUGGUGGGAUUAUCUCAUGAAUGGGCCAAGGACUUGCCUGGAAUGUACAAAGGGUCUUCCAAAGAUAAGAAGAAAGCGUUGAUCAAGAGCGAGGAAAACAAGAUUAAUGUGUCCAACAUGUCCCAGUCGUCUAACACCCAAGAGAGAGACUUGAAAAUCGCUUGGAGAUAUGGGUUGAAUAAGAAGGUCCAGGAUGAAAACUUGAGUGAAGUUAAUGAGAACUACAACCACCAGUUUGACAUCACAGAGAGAUUACGGCCUGUUCCCAGUGCCAAUGAAAUGACGUUCAUUCAGUUGUCUACCGACUAUAAGAAGCUCGUUUCCACCAUCUCUGCUACCAUUGAGCAGCAGAUCAAAGCUUACUCGUCGAAAACAAUCAGACUUGUGAUCCCCAACUUAUUAAUUCCUUCUAUAUAUCCGCCGUCACUCUCCCAGUCUACGUUCAUGAUCCCGUUUUUCCAUAGCUUGAGGUCCUUGUUACGGCAGUAUCCCAACCACUUAUCGAUGGCAGUGUCUCUUCCGGUUGACUUGUACCCCAGAUCUUCGCAUUUGAUCACCACCUUGGAGAACUUGGUAGACUCGGUCAUCCACCUCCAGCCGUUCAACCAAGCGAUGUCCCAGUUAAUCGAAAGGGCAUACAAGAACGAGCCGGGCAAAAUUCAACACGGGUUGGUGAAUAUCUUGAAGUUGCCGGUGUUGGCAGAAAGAGGAUUAAUGACCAUUCACAACGGUGAAUACGCCUUUAAAAACGGCCGUAAAAGGUUUGAGAUCGAGGAAUGGGGCAUUCCCAUCGAGGAUGAUGCCACUGACGCCAAUAACACUCCAUCCACUGAAGGACACGUUCCGGAAAAGCAAACCUCCAAGAAUAUAGACUUUUAA